GUUUUUCUCCCCAACCCGGAGUCCUCCAGGCCCCCACCGCCUCGAUGCAACGCUCAAGUAAGCAAAACACGGAGGCUGCCGUCGAUUAUUCGCGAAGGUGAGGUGUGGCCAACCCAUGAGGAUUUGUCAGUGCCUGGAAGAAUAGGAACUAAAGCAGCUAGUUUUUCCUGCAAAGAGACAUUCCAGAAAGUUUGGUUGAUCACCAUGUCUUUCCCGUUGUCUGGUGCCCUCUCGUGACCCCAAUGACCUCAACGGCAGUUUUGACCAUAGAGUCAGCUUUGACCCCAAACCCUUUCUACGACCCCUGAGAAAAGACAUUAACUGACCACGUGCAUAAACCGCAUUGGGGUGGUCUUCCAAAUGCCUACCUCACGCCUAAAGAGCAAAUCACUGCAGCCACAGCCCUGAUCAGCAACCACCAUGACAUCAAGCAUAGGGGAUGAUUGUAGCAUCUUUGAUGGGUUGAUGGAAGAAGAUGAAAAGGACAAAGCAAAACGUGUGUCCCGUAACAAGUCUGAGAAGAAGCGGAGAGACCAGUUCAAUGUCCUCAUCAAGGAACUCGGCACGAUGUUGCCGGGCAACACCAGGAAGAUGGACAAGUCCACCAUCCUGCAGAAAAGCAUUGACUUCCUGUGUAAACACAAAGAGAUUGCAGCCCAGUCGGAGUCGAGUGAGAUCAGGCAGGACUGGAAACCUCCGUUUCUUAGCAAUGAGGAGUUUACCCAGCUCAUGCUGGAGGCUCUGGAUGGGUUCUUUAUAGCAAUAAUGACUGAUGGGAACAUCCUCUACGUCUCUGAGAGUAUCACCUCACUACUAGAACACCUACCGACGGAUUUGGUGGACCAGAACCUGUUAAACUUCCUGCCAGUAGGGGAACACUCCGAGGUGUACAAGGCUCUGUCCACACACCCCACCGACCACGACAGCCUUAACUCUGAUUACCUAAAGACAAAGAACCACUUGGAGUUCUGCUGCCAUAUGCUGCGAGGGACCAUUGACCCCAAAGAACCGCCUGUCUACGAAUAUGUAAAGUUCAUUGGCAACUUCAAAUCACUCAAUAACGUCCCCAAUGUUGCGAGGAAUGGUCUAGCGGGGGUUUUACAGCGGUCACUACAACCUGCGUUUGAUGACCAGGUGUGCUUUGUAGCCACUGUUCGGCUGGCCAAACCUCAGUUUAUCAAGGAGAUGUGUACAGUGGAGGAGCCCAAUGAAGAAUUCACCUCUAGGCACAGUCUAGAAUGGAAGUUUCUCUUCUUAGACCAUAGAGCUCCACCAAUCAUUGGCUACCUGCCUUUUGAGGUUCUGGGAACAUCAGGGUACGACUAUUACCAUGUGGACGACCUUGAGACACUGGCCAAGUGUCACGAACAUUUGAUGCAGUACGGUAAAGGGAAGUCUUGCUACUAUCGUUUCCUGACUAAAGGUCAACAGUGGAUCUGGCUUCAGACGCACUACUACAUCACCUACCACCAGUGGAACUCGCGACCGGAGUUUAUUGUCUGCACGCACACAGUAGUCAGCUAUGCAGAGGUGAGGGCAGAACAGCGCAGAGAGCUGGGCAUUGAGGAGGCUAACCCAGAAGUCACUGCAAAUAAGAGUCAGGACUCGGGCUCAGAGUCGCAGCUGAAUACGUCCAGCCUCAAGGAGGCUCUGGAGCGAUUUGAUCGCAGCCGAACACCCUCAACCUCCUCACGAAGUUCUCGCAAGUCCUCAUCGCACGUCUCUGACAACACUUGCACUUCAACAGCCUCCAAGCUACACAUGGACACAGCCACGCCUCCCCGGCAAUCACUAGCCUCCACCAUGGAGAUGACAUCACAGCGUCGCUCAUCCAUCAGCAGCCAGUCUAUGAGCUCUCAGACCACAAGCCAGAGUGUGACUCCCGCUAUGAUCACUCAACAGCAGCAGCAGCAGCAGCAGCAGCAACAACAACAACAACAGCAGCAACAACAACAACAACAACAACAGCAACAACAGCAGCAGCAGCAGCAACAACAACAACAACAACCACAACAACCACAGCAGUUACAGUCAAAUGUACAGCCGGUGAUGGAGUUCUCAGCGCAGGUGAAUGCCAUGCAGCAUCUAAAGGAGCAGCUGGAGCAGAGGACGAGACUGAUCCAAGCCAACAUCCAGCGGCAGCAGGAGGAGCUGAGACACAUCCAGGAGCAGCUACAGAGAGUGCAGGGACAGGGCAUACAGAUGUUGCUGCAGCAGCCGACUGGAGCGAUGAACGUGCAGCUCCCCCAGGUGGGCUCGGUCCAGCAAACAGCUACUUUGACUGGUCAGGUCCAGCAAACAACAAUUAACCCCGUCCAUUCAGGAACUCAGCAGCUCACCAUCCAGCAGCAGGCACCACCACCCCAGCAGAGCCUACAGCAGCAGCAGACCAACGCCCUCACACAGCCCCAGCGUCAGCCCCAACAACCACAACAGCAACAGCAACAACAACAACAGACCCAGGGCUCUGUAUCUGCUCCACUAUACAACACCAUGAUGAUUUCCCAACCAGGGCAGCCCAACGUGCUGCAGAUCAGCACCAGCCUGCCGCAGUCCAACACACAGCCAGGCACCGCAGUGGCCACUUUCACACAGGACCGACAGAUCCGGUUCCCAGCAGGGCAGCAGCUGGUGACCAAGCUUGUGACAGCUCCGAUGGCAUGUGGAGCAGUCAUGGUGCCCACCUCCAUGUUCAUGGGGCAGGUGGUCACUGCGUACAACCCCUUCGGUGGGCAGCAGCAGGGAGGGCAAACCCAGACUCUCACUCUGCAACCAGCCCAAGCGCCUCAAGGUCAGCCAGAUGGCCAAAACCAGACCACUGUAGUGGCACAGAGUGGCCAGCAGGGGCAGCAGCAACAACAGCAGUUCCUACAGGGCACUCGUCUUCUCCAUAGUAACCAGUCUACCCAGCUGAUUCUGCAGGCAGCUUUCCCACUCCAACAACAGGGUACCUUCACCCAGGCAACGCACCAACAGCAACCGCAGCAACAACAGCAGCAGCAGCAACGGCAACAGCAGCAACAACAGCAGCAACAGCAAUCUCAUCACCAGAGGCACCAGCAGCAGCUGAAACCACAACCCCAGAAACAGCAGAAAGCCCCGUUGUCGCACAGGACUGACAGCGUCAGCAGCCAACCACAGUAAAGUCUUUGUAAACUUAGAAAACCUGGGGAACUGAAACUCUAAAGGGAUUGCUGCAUACAUUUGCUUUGGUCGUGUGGCUGUCACAAACUUCCUUUUCCCCAAAAAUUGCUGCCCUCCCUUCCUCCAUCCGAAAGAAACGAAUCAUAGGAAAGAGGAAAGCCCGUGAGUCCACGAGGAACUCACCAAGGAUUGUCACUAUGGCAACAGGAUGGAUUAAAAUCCCCCUUUUCCUCACCAGAGGCAGACUUGUGAGUAAGCUCCAGUCUCCGUGGAAACCCGACAAAAACACCUUAUCCCCACGGUGACGACAGACAUUUUUUUGAAGAUGUGUCAAAGUGGACUGACAGUGUACAGAUUUACUGUAUGAUAAAAAAAAACAACAACUUGUAAAUAUCCAGUAUAGCCUAACAGGAAACAGAAAUGUAGUAUUUUAUAUGAUUGCAUGGAAAGAAUAACUGUGUAAGCUUUUAUUAGUCGCUUUUGAAAAAUGAAUUUUUACUUUUGUUCAAGUGUUUUCUGGUCAAAGAUGGAGCAGUGACAUGCUCUCUCAGUCUUCUCUCCCCCCCUUCUCUCUCUCUUUCUCUAAAAAAAGUUCAGAAUAAGGCUUUAAAGUACUGUCAGUUAGGUUGGGCUUGGGGUUUUUUUGUGGAAGUUGUGUUUUUAAACACUGUGUCUCUGAGACAAAAACGGCUCUUUUUAACUUUGUAAGUACAAAUUAUGUUUGGCAAGAAACUAGAUCACAGUUUAAAUGAAUUCUUUGCAGAAUGAUCACUGUACGUAUAACGGGUUUAGUGAUUCCAAGUGCCAAGAACAUAGUCAGUUAUGUUUGUUUUUUAUUUCAAGCAAACUAUUCAAAGGCGUAUAUAUAUUUUCCAACAAGAUAUUACCCCUAACAAAGUUAAUGCGUGUGUAUAUAGUAGGGAUUAUUUUUUAACAGUCAGAGAGCCCUAUAAGUAACAAACAGUAUAUCCUCAACCUCCUGAAACUUUAGCACUUGAUGUGGUUGUGUACAGUAAAUCACUGUCGAGACCUA